GGUUGACGUUGAGUUAAGCUCGUUUUUAUUGAAGGCAAAUUUAGGGAGAUUUUUAGUUUUAGUGGAAAACAGGUGUAUAAAUUGUUGCAAAAAAAAAAAUCAGUGUGACAAUAUGGUUGUGUUUACGCUCGCGCUUCUUUGACGAACCGUUUCGAGAAUUUUGAUUGUAUUCCGUCCCUUCUACCCGUGUGAAUGACCCUCAGAAAGGGUGUGGUCCAUGGCUAAAAAUCUCACAUCGGCCGGCACAAAUGCUAGCCCAUUCUUCUUCUUGCCUUCAGGACGACGCAGAAGACAACCACCCCCUUGGAUCAUUCCCUUAGUGAUUCUGGAUACCUCGCGAUCACAAUUAAAUAUUACACGAAGAAGUACAAGUCAUAUCAUUCCUUCAACUUAAAAAAAAGAAUUUAACGAAUUAAAAAAAGAAUAACACCAAAAAAAAGCAAAAAAAUAAAUAAAUUGAUAUCGAAAAACUACCUCCGCAAUAAUUUACUUACUUGUAAAUACGAAGGAAAAAUUAAAAAGAAGAAACUAAGUACUUAAAUAUUAUUGUUAGAAAAAUUUUUCGAUUUUAAAAGCAAUCACACGUUGCCUUAAAUAAUUAACGGGGAAAAAAUCAUCACUGAUUUCUAUUUAUAUGUUGGUAUUUUAUACUGGUUUUAUCGAUUUAAAGUUUAAGAAAAAUAAGUGUCCUUUUUUAACGUAAAUCGACUUUUCUUGCCAUUUUGAGAAAUAAUAAAAGGAGAUUUUAAAUAAAUCAACAUGGAACGUGUCGCAAACAGAGCGUCUUUUAUGUUACGAAGAAAAACGAUGACGACUGAUAAUCAAAGAAGGAUCAAGGCUAACGACAGAAAUUAUAAUUCACAAUUCCGUUAUGCGGAUAAUUACAUUAAAACCUCUAAAUAUUCAGUGUUAACGUUCCUCCCAUUAAACCUGUUCGAGCAGUUCCAACGUCUCGCCAACUUUUACUUCUUGUGCCUUUUAGUAUUGCAACUCAUCCCGGCAAUUAGCAGUUUAACACCAGUCACCACGGCUCUGCCUCUCAUUGGCGUCCUCGGAUUAACCGCCAUCAAGGAUGCCUACGAUGAUUUUCAACGUCACAUGUCCGACUCACAAGUAAACAAUAGAAAAUCUCAAGCAGUAAGAAACGGAAAACUCGUACAAGAACGAUGGUCUGCAGUUCAAGUUGGUGAUAUCAUUCGAAUGGAUAACAACCAAUUUGUAGCCGCUGAUAUCUUAUUACUUACAACUAGCGAGCCAAAUGGAUUGUGCUUUAUCGAAACGGCAGAAUUAGAUGGGGAAACAAAUUUGAAAUGUAGACAGUGUCUGGUGGAAACGGCCGAAAUGGCGCAAGACGACGGCUUGAUUAGCCAAUUUGAUGGUGAAAUAAUAUGUGAACAACCGAAUAAUCUCUUAAAUAAAUUCGAGGGUACACUCACCUGGCAAAAUAAGCAGUAUUCUCUUGAUAACGACAAGAUUAUUUUGCGCGGCUGCGUUUUACGUAAUACUCAAUGGUGCUAUGGAGUCGUCAUCUUCGCUGGGAAGGAUACAAAGUUGAUGCAAAACAGUGGAAAGACCAAAUUUAAGAGGACUAGCAUCGAUCGUCUACUUAAUUUCUUAAUCAUAGGAGUAAGAAAGAAUUCAAUUGGCAGUUGUAAAAAGGGGUUAUAUAGCAAAAAUCAAAUUUUACAGGCGAGACAAAAAAUCGCGCUGAGUGUUAUAUCUGAUUUAAUCCAUUGAAACAUUUAUGAGGGA